AUCCUGCGCUCCUCCUCCUUGUCUCGUACCACCAUCGUCGACGUGUGCGCGUCCCCCUACUUCUCCCCCUCGCGUCACCCAAAUCCACGUCACCCCGAUACAUGACGCUCAAGAAGCGCGCAGGGCGCUCGAAGGCGCAAGAGGACCAAGACGCGACAUCGUCCGCGGUCCACGAUCCUGCUACACCAUCCUCAGCUCCUACGCAUUUGGACGUGCCAGAUCCCAACCUCUCGCCAGAUAUCUCAGAUCCCUCGCCCUCCGAAGAUACAGACGAUCCGAAAUUGAAGAAGCUCAAGCACGAGGUGCGCUCGCUGAAGCACCAUCACAAGGAGAAGCACGGCCCUCGUCCCUGGUACCAGACGAAGCGCGUAUGGUUCCCCUUCGGCAUCCUCGUCGGCAUCGGCAUCGCCUCCAUGUUCGUCACCGAGACCCACAUCGAGGAGAUGCAGGCCUCCCUCCAGGUCCUCCUCGACGAGUACGGCGUCCUGCCCGAUCUCCCGGAGCUGAACUUCACGACGGUCCAGCUCGAGUUCGCCCGCCUGCGCGACAGCAUCCCCGAGGUCUGGAAGCUCAACACGGACGGGCGCGAGUUCAAGGUCGGCGAGGAGGCGAAGGCGCGCGGGUUGAAUGCUCAGCACCCGGUUGUUCUCAUUCCAGGCGUGAUCUCGACGGGUCUCGAAUCCUGGUCCACUGCGCCCGAGUACCGCCCCUUCUUCCGCGAAAAGGUUUGGGGCGGGUUCUCCAUGAUUUCGCAAGUCACCUUCAACCGCGAGCGCUGGAUGUCCGCUCUGCUCCUUGACCCCGUCACUGGCAUCGACCCGCCGGACGUGAAGGUGCGCGCGGCAGAGGGGAUCAACGCGGCGAGCAGCUUUAUACAGGGGUAUUGGUUGUGGUCGAAAAUCGUCGAAAACCUCGCCGUCGUGAACUACGACACGAACAACCUCUACAUGGCCGCGUACGACUGGCGGCUCUCGUUUUACAACCUGGAGGAGAGGGACGGGUACUUUUCGCGGCUGAAGUUGAUGGUGGAGGGGUUGAAACAACGCCAAGGGAAGAAGGUGGUUCUCGCGGCUCACUCGAUGGGUGCGAAUGUGCCCGUCGUUCGUGCUCACGUGUCGCCCCACAGCAUGAAAUGGGUCGAAUCCCCUGAGCAUGGUGGCGGUGGGCCGGAUUGGGUUGAGAACCACAUCGACUCGUACAUCUCCAUCGCGGGGACGCAUUUGGGCGUGGCGAAAGCCAUGGCCGCCUUGCUGUCGGGCGAGAUGAAGGACACGGUGCAGAUGAACCCGGCCGGAGCGUAUGUCCUCGAGCGCUUCUUCUCGCGCAAGGAGCGGCAGCAGCUGUUCCGCAGCUGGGCGGGGAGCGCGAGUAUGUGGUUGAAGGGCGGCGACGCAGUGUGGGGCGACGGCCUCAGCGCACCCGACGACACGCCGGAAAUGACGAGCAGCUUCGGGCAUCUGCUUGCCUUCCGUCAAGUAGAUCAGGAUCAGGAGAAUACGACGGCCGAAGAUGGCAUCCAACUCGCGACGUCGCCUGAGGAGAUCCGCAACAUGACCUCGGAGGAGGCGGGGACGUGGAUCCUGCAGCACACGCCGUCGACGUUCCAGAAAAUGAUGGAGACCAACUUCUCGCAAGCCAUGGAGCGCGACGAGGCGCAGCUGAUUCGCAACAACGCGGACCACCGCAAGUGGAGCAACCCGCUCGAGGUGCAGCUCCCGCGCGCCCCGUCGAUGAAAAUCUACUGCGUGUAUGGGCACGGGAAGGAGACGGAGCGGUCGUAUUGGUACGCCCGCGGCAGCUACGAGCACGACGACAACGCGGCGGACAGCGCGUCCCCGCGGUGCGUCGACCCGGAGGACGAGGAGUGCCAGACACCGCGGACGCCCCUAGACCUGCCGCUGCGGAUGUCGAGCUACAUCGACGCGGAGUACUCCGAUUUGGAGGGGAGCCCGGUCAUCCGCAACGGCGUCAAGAUGGGCGAGGGCGACGGCACCGUGAGCUUGCUCAGCCUCGGCGCGAUGUGCGUCGAGGGGUGGAAGCGGCCGAGGUGGAAUCCGGCGGGGAUCAAUGUUACGACUGUCGAGCUCCCCCACCUCCCCGUGCCCACCAUCCCGCGCGGCGGCGCGAACACAAGCGACCACGUCGAUAUCCUCGGCUCGACCGCGCUCAACGAGAUCAUCGUCAAGGUCGCGACCGGCGUCGGGCACGAGGUGCAGGAGAACUUCGUGUCGAAUAUCCGGGAGUAUGCGAAGCGGGUAAAGUGGGAUGGGUAGGAUGUGUGCUGGGGCAGUGUGUAUGUAGAGACAAGAGUGAUGGGUCCGGUGGAAUAGGAUGCGGGAUGACGAGGAGUCAUUUGAGACCUUAUCUCUUUGCUUGUGCUGGACAGAUAUGACGAACAUGUUAUUGUGGACAUACUACUCAUAAUGAUAGACUACUGUAUGGUUGUGAUGUCCCAUGCCUGUUAAUUGUGGUAGUCAAACUGAUUGGAGUCCGUACACUAUUUGAGCUGAA